GCCAAAUUGUUGCAGCGCGGUCACGUGGAGCGCUUUUGACGCGGGAACUGCCCGGGCGCCUGCGUACCAGACGUUCUCCUAUAUAGCCUCCGCCAUCCCUGUCCGACUGCCGACGGAAGGCCAACACGCGCGAUACUUAUCCGUCGUGGAGUCUGAGAGGGCUGGCUCAGAACUCGGGAUGAUUAGUCCUCCAUCAUGGACGCUCCUCCGCCGAUCCUCAAUGUGCACACGCCCGUCUCGUCCUUCUCGAUAGUCCACACGAAUGAUGAUACUCUUGAAACCUUGUUCGAGAAGCUCACCACCAAGACCUUCGUCGAAUUCACCGGUCGGCGUGUCAAGUCAGGCUGGGUGAAGUACUCGUGGAAUGGCAGUAUCUGGAACCUUGACGAUGACUCCGACUAUACCAUCUUCAUUGAUCAAUCGCCGGUCCUACACGUGCGGAAUCCGGACGAGCCACAGCCUGCUCCUCCGGCAUAUCGGAAUCCUUCGUUCUACAUGUUUCGCGCCAAGACACAGGACCAUCUCCUCCGCUUUCUCAAACGUACACGCAAAACUGUGCAAGCUCGAAAGCGAGAAAUGAGCCGCCGAACACAAGCGCGAAUUGAGCAGUUCCAUAACGAGAACGGAGUGCGGACUAUCGUGGGUGGCAUUGGUCCCGCGAAGACCGUUCGCAUGCUGCUCAAAUCCGGGUAUCGCCAUGUAUACAUAUCCCGCAAGUUUGCCAUCAAGCACGGUUUCAUACCUGCUGAUGCAGCUCCCGGCCAUUAUGGGUAUGGAGGGUUGGUCAACAUUGGCAAAUGGCCAGUCACUGUGGGCCGUACGAAGACGACGCACAGUGUCUAUCUUUCCGAGGAGUCCCAUUUCGACGUUGUACUCGGACGCUCGUUCAUCGAAUUACGCCAAGUGAAGUUUGAUUCUGUUGACACAACGGACGUUGUCUGUGGGGAUACAGGAGAGAAGAUUGACUGCGAACUCGUCAUCCUGAAGGAUGGGAAGGGACAAAUCGUUACCGUCACCUAGACCACCUCGUAUCGUUCGCUAUGACAUGUAGCUGCUUGUCAGCUGGACAGUAUACAUCGCAUAUAGUGAUGGACUAGUGUAUGUAUGCCACAUGCUGUAGCCAUCCAUUUUCUUUGUGUGGCUGGAAUUGAUGCUGUUCUGGAGACGAAUGUGUCGAGGGCCUGAGCUGGGCUUAAGGACGCGCCUGAGCGAGAGCGAGCUGGCUGUGGUAGCGCCACCGUGCACGUGC